AGGGACCAUUCGCGCUUCCGUCUCCGCCGGGGCCACACGGAGGGCGGAGUCGCGGCCCGAGGACGCGACGCGAGCCCAGUUCCGGCGAGGAGGCCGCGCCAGUGACAGCGAUGGCGGCGGAGUCGGCGCUCCAAGUUGUGGAGAAGCUGCAGGCGCGCCUGGCUGCGAACCCGGACCCCAAGAAGCUAUUGAAAUAUUUGAAGAAACUUUCCGUCUUACCUAUCACAGUAGACAUUCUUGUGGAGACUGGAGUGGGGAAAACAGUGAACAGCUUUCGGAAACAUGAGCAAGUAGGAACUUUUGCCAGAGACCUGGUAGCCCAGUGGAAGAAGCUGGUUCCGGUAGAGCGAAAUAAUGAGGCCGAGGAUCAGGAUUUUGAGAAGAACAAUUCCCGUAAGCGUCCCAGAGAUGCUCUUCAGAGGGAGGAGGAGUUAGAGGGGAACUACCAGGAAAGCUGGAAAGCCUCUGGCAGCCGGUCCUACAGCCCUGAGCACAGACAGAAAAAACACAAAAAACUUUCUGAGCCUGAAAGGCCUCACAAAGUGGCUCACAGUCAUGAAAGGAGAGAUGAAAGGAAGAGAUGUCACAAAGUGUCACCACCAUAUUCUUCAGACCCAGAGUCGUCUGACUGUGGCCAUGUUCAAUCCCCUCCACCUUCAAGUCCUCAUCAAAUGUAUCCAGACCUCUCCAGGUCCCCAGAAGAGGACCAGGAGCCCAUCAUCUCACACCAGAAGCCCGGAAAAGUCCACAGUAAUACCUUUCAGGACAGACUAGGGCUUAGUCACCUGGGUGAACACCAAGGGAAAGGGGCUGUUAGUCAAAACAAGCAGCACAAAUCUUCCCACAAGGAGAAACGCCCUGUGGAUGCCAGAGGGGAUGAGAAGAUCUCUGCUGUGGGCAGAGAGAAGUCACACAGAGCCUCUUCCAAAGAGGAGAGCCGAAAGCUGCUCCCCGGGGACGGUGCCAAGGAGAAGCUGCCUGCUAGUGUUGUCAAGAAAGAGAAGGACAGAGAAGGCAAUGGUCUCAAGAAGAAAUUCUCACCUGCCUUAGAUGUUGCUUCAGACAACCACUUUAAAAAGCCCAAACACAAGGACUCCGAGAAAACCAAGUCUGACAAAAACAAGCAGAGUGUAGAUGGUGUGGACUCGGGACGAGGAACAGGAGACCCAUUGCCCAAAGCCAAGGAUAAAGUUCCCAACAGCCUGAAGGAGGGGAAAGUAAGAACUAACUCUGAUCGAAAGUCACCAGGCUUGCUCCCGAAAGUAGAGGAAACGGACGUGGAUGAUGAGUUUGAGCAGCCCACCAUGUCGUUUGAGUCAUACCUCAGCUAUGACCAGCCCCGGAAGAAGAAGAAGAAGGUUGUGAAAACUUCCAGUUCAGCACUUGGAGAAAAAGGACUUAAAAAAAAGGACCCUAAAAGCACUAGUAAAAACUUGAACUCGGCUCAGAAAUCACCCAAGGUGAAUGAAAACAAGUCAGAGAAGUUGCAGCCAGCUGGAGCCGAACCCCCCAGGCCUCGUAAGGUCCCUGCUGAUGUGCUGCCAGCAUUGCCAGACAUCCCCUUACCCGCCAUUCAAGCCAACUACCGCCCCCUUCCUUCCCUCGAGUCCAUUCCCUCCUUUCAGCCAAAGCGAAAAGCGUUCUCUUCACCCCAGGAAGAAGAAGAAGCUGGGUUCACAGGACGCAGAAUGAAUUCUAAGAUGCAGGUGUAUUCGGGUUCCAAGUGUGCCUAUCUCCCCAAAAUGAUGACCUUGCACCAGCAGUGUAUCCGGGUGCUUAAGAAUAAUAUUGACUCUAUCUUCGAAGUGGGAGGAGUCCCCUAUUCUGUUCUUGAGCCUGUCUUGGAGAGAUGUACACCCGAUCAGCUCUACCGAAUAGAGGAGUGCAAUCAUGUAUUAAUUGAGGAAACGGAUCAGUUGUGGAAAGUUCAUUGUCACCGAGACUUUAAGGAAGAAAGACCAGAAGAGUAUGAGUCCUGGAGGGAGAUGUACCUGAGGCUUCAGGACGCCAGAGAGCAGCGCCUGCGUCUGCUCACAAACAACAUCCGGUCUGCACAUGCCAAUAAGCCGAAAGGACGGCAAGCAAAGAUGGCCUUUGUUAACUCUGUGGCCAAGCCACCAAGAGAUGUCCGACGGAGGCAGGAGAAGUUUGGAACUGGGGGAGCAGCUGUCCCUGAGAAGGUCAGGAUAAAGCCAGCACCGUAUACAACAGGAAGCAGCCAUGUUCCUGCCAGCAACAGCAGCAGCAGCUUCCACUCCAGCCCUGAGGAGCUGGCCUAUGACGGGCCCAGUACCAGCAGUGCCCACUUAGCUCCUGUGUCCAGCAGUUCUGUGUCCUAUGAUCCCAGGAAACCAGCUGUGAAGAAAAUUGCCCCGAUGAUGGCCAAGACCAUUAAAGCAUUCAAGAACAGAUUCUCCCGACGGUAAAUAGGACUUGCCUUGGAGGUUGAGUCUGGAAGCAGGAAUACAGGGACAGUGGGGACAGGAGAAGAUGUCCACAGAAGAUCCACAUCUUCUGCUUUGGAACUUUUGGCCUCUGACUCCUGCAGUUUCAGGUGUCCCCUUGUGUGUGCCUCAGCCCUGCGCCCUGCGUGUAGCACACUUCAGAUUUCUGAAGACAGUAUGAGCCUCAGUCCUGCUGAGGACUUUAAGAUCAGUUAAACUUUCGUUGCUAAUUAGCAUCUUUGUAAACUAUAAAACAUAGUUUUAAUUAAUAAAUAUUGCCCCCAGAUGUAUUUAUAAUA